AUGGAGAAGAAACAGGAUGAGGAGGAAGAUGAUGGUAAAGAGGAGAGCGACGGCGGGGGCAAGGACGACAAGAAGAAUGAAGAAAAAGACGAGGAUGAUGAAAGAGAACACCGACGAGGACAAUUAACAUAUAAGAAUAAUAAGGGAAAUAUGACCUAUGUGCUGGAGCUGGAGCAGUGUGGCAUAACUCCCAUGUCUCCUACAAAGCAAGCAAGAAAAAUGCAUCAAUGGAGGCCUUCAUCCGACCUUGCCGAGACACAAAGACAAGGUAUCAUUAAGUUACAUAAUGAAGCACGCAUGCACACCCCACCCUCCUCCCCUGCCAUUCCCGAGUCUCCAUCCCGUCCUCCCCCCUCCCCGACCCUUCCACCGCCUCUCCAAACAACCUACACACGCACGGGCCCAAAGCAAAAAAGCCUCUCAGUAACAUUGCAAUUAGUUAGCACCUGA